AAUGCGCAAAUAUGACACUGACGUCCGAUUGAACUUCGAUUUACAGAAAUUCGCUGCGUGAUUUUGAUAUCACGUUAUUUAGUUUUAGAUUAGUUAAUUUAGUUGUUGUUAUUCAAAAUGUCUCUAUUCGGUGAUAUCUUGCAAAAAAAUGAAGAGAAAAGGAGCCAACCCAGCGGGAACCUAUCCCCGUACCUCAAUUUCGACCCGAAUUAUAUACCGAAAAUGCAACCGGAAUUUCUUUACCCUGACGACAGCCACAUGGCAUCCACUGCACGAAGGUCGAACGUCGCUUUACCCAUCAUCGGAAUGUCAUUCAUGACUGGUUCAGGUCUUGGUGGAAUGACAGGAUUUUACAAAGGAUUGAGAGCAACAACACUCGCAGGACAAAUAGGCAAAGUGAGAAGGACUCAGAUUGUCAACUAUGUUAUGAAACAAGGCACGACAACUGGCUGCACUCUAGGCAUCAUCGCAUCAUUCUACUCAUGCAUAGCGCUCGGCGUCACUUGGUUACGCGAUAAAGAAGACACGGCCAACACCUUCAUAGCAGCCACAACCACAGGCGUCAUCUACAAAAGUACCUCCGGCCUUCGCUCCAUGGGCCUCGGCGCUGUAGUCGGGCUCACCCUCGCCGGAGUGUACACAUUAGUCACAGACAAUGAUAACAUAUGGAGCAAAGCACGAUACAACAGAUUGUGAUCUGAUUACACCGCCUACAGGAGUUAUGUAUAUAGACUGUUAUGUUAGUUUUUAUGUUAUCAGCCCAGGGAUCUCAAGCGGACUGGACUUAUGGGCCAUGUCCUGUCCCUUAGGGAUCGUGGGCGACCUGUUGCACGACAGUAUCCCUCCCGUGUCGAGACAGGAGAACCGUGAUAAGCGUUAAUAAAUAAAUGUUUGCAAAAUUAAAAUUGUUUAUUCGUUACAGUGCGUUGUUUGUACAAUGUUCUGUAUAUACAAAAUGGCCGAAAACUGUCCUGGCGAAUUAAUGACAAAAUAUUAAUGAUGUUAACAAUUUUGAGAACAAAUAUCGCCAUGAUAGUUUUCGAGUAAUGAAUUGGCGACGCGUUACGAGAACCUUAACAUUUACGCAAUACGAGAAAGUGAUUUCUCUUGCGCAGGCGCGUGCACGCGUCGCCCAUUCAUAAAAUAAGUCAUGUAAACAAUUUCGCUGUUGAUUAAAAAAAUAAAUUAUUGAGCAAACAAUUCCGGAUUGUAAACAGCUCGUACAGAA